AUGGAACCACAGUUCGAAGUAAAUCAGACCAUCCAAUUUCAAUUAUGUAAAACCUAAUCCUGUUGGGAAAAUGGAGUUAUCACCACCAUAUUCACAAAUAGAACACCUAUUUAAUAUGUAGUUCAAACAUCAAAUAACGAGAAACUCUACCUGAAUGAGCAAUAAAUCAAGGCAAUUAAAUCUGUUACAAAAACACAUCAAGUCUCUUAUAAUAUUGAAUUCUAACGAAUACUCUCGUAAUUAAUUAUGCAAAAGAAUGAAGACUAAUUGAUUGAAGAGUUAAAAUCUCUGCUCAAACGAAUCACACCUGAAUAAGUUAUGAAAGAACAGAAUGGAGCCAAGAUCAUUUACACUACUUAUCAAUUUCUAAUAAUGAGAAAACCUUCUAUUCUUAGAAAUUAUCCCUUUGCUCCCACAAAUCUAGUACUUAAACAAAUGAAGAAACUAGUUUAUGCAAUCAAAAAAGAAGUGCUCAAAAAUUCGAACUUAAUUUAAAUACAAACACAUUCCAACAAAAAUCAAAAUUCAUUUAAGCAUAUUAAAUUACAGAAGCAAACACAAAAACUAUCACGUAAGCUGACUCAAGUUUAUGAUGACUCUGAAAAAGAAGAGUAACCUACUGCCUUCUAUGCAAAUUUGUUACCUAAUAAAUCAGCAUUUAGACCAUAUAAAUCCGAUUCUAUGAAUCAUCAAUUUGAAUAAUUAUCUAUUUAAACUAAACCCUCACCCAAAAUCGAUUAAAUUAAAACUAUCUAUUUCAAACCCAUUAUUAUCUAAGGACUACUGUGUUGA